UUCAGCUCCAUUCACUCCCCUUUUGCAAACUAUUUCCGUGUUCGAGUCCUGCUGGUGGUGACUUUUCUGCAUACUGAAAAGAACUUGGAACUGCAUACAGAAUCAGCGCCGAUCCCAUCACCAAGAUGUCAGACAGAGGUGCAUUCGAUACCGAUGUCGUUACCUUAACCAGAUUUGUGUUGGAGGAAGGCAGGAAGGCGAAAGGCACGGGAGAACUGACCACCCUGCUCAACGCUAUGUGCACAGCCAUCAAAGCAAUCUCCACUGCCGUCAGAAAAGCUGGAAUUGCCAAUCUCUAUGGUAUUGCAGGGAGCACCAAUGUGACUGGAGAUCAGGUGAAAAAGCUGGAUGUGCUCUCUAACGACCUGGUGAUGAACAUGAUCAAGUCCUCCUUCACGUCCUGCGUGCUGGUGUCUGAGGAGGAUGAGGAGGCCAUUAUUGUUGAGCCUGACAGACGGGGUAAAUACGUGGUCUGCUUUGAUCCUCUGGAUGGCUCUUCGAACAUCGACUGCCUUGCCUCAAUUGGAUCCAUCUUUGCCAUCUAUAGAAAGACGACUGAUGAUGAGCCCAGUGAGAAGGACGCACUGCAGCCAGGCAGAGAUAUCGUUGCCGCCGGUUACGCUCUCUAUGGCAGCGCCACCAUGUUGGUCCUCUCCACGGGCCAGGGGGUCAACUGCUUCAUGCUGGACCCUGCGAUUGGCGAGUUCAUCCUGGUGGAGCGGGACGUGAAGAUUAAGAAGAAGGGGAAGAUCUACAGUCUAAAUGAAGGCUAUGCCCAGUACUUUGACCCCGCCAUCACUGAGUAUGUGCAGAAGAAGAAGUUCCCUGAGGAUGGCAGCGCCCCCUAUGGGGCACGGUAUGUGGGCUCCAUGGUAGCAGAUGUACACCGGACCCUGGUGUAUGGGGGCAUCUUUCUGUACCCGGCCAAUGUGAAGAGCCCCAAAGGAAAGCUGAGGCUGCUGUACGAGUGCAACCCCAUGGCCUUCAUCAUUGAGCAGGCGGGGGGGAUGGCCACCACAGGGGCAGGCAACGUGCUGGACAUCCAGCCCGUGUCCAUCCACCAGAGGGUGCCCGUGGUGCUGGGCUCCCCCGACGACGUGCAGGAGUACCUCUCCAUCGUCCAGAAGCACGCCAAGUGAGCGCGCCGGCGCCCCCGCCUGGACUGGAGGCCAAAGACCAGGAGCAGCGCCGGACCAAAGUGGCUCACCAGGGGGGUGUCUGCAGUUUCGCUCGUGAUGAAAUGGUUGGCAUUCUGUCGCAGCUGCGUUGGUAUUUGAAGUGUGACUCUGUCAGUAAUUUGUUCUCUGGGAAGUUGCUUGAUUUUUGUAAUUCCAGUUUUUGUAAAGCACAAGUAUUGUAAAUGUGACAAUCAAAAUGUGCCAAAAAAGACCAAAUGUGACCCGUGUGCCUUACGUGUGUGUGUUCUUGACAAACAAUGUGCCUUGUGUUUUCUUGAAGGACCUUUUCAAAUUAAAACUGAUCUGCAGAAA